AUGCUGAUCCGAGCACUAAGAGUAGAAUAUGGCUAUUUUGCUGCGAUAAUUGUUGAUAUAGAUUUUUCAAAACCUUUUCCUAAGCUUGUCAUUGAUGAUGAAGAUUUUUCGGAGGGUUUUCAUCUUGAUUAUGAUUUUUUGAAUAAGCCAGAAUUUUGUGAUCAUUGUAAAUCAGUUGGUCACACUUUAUCCCAAUGCAGAUCGGCUAGAUAUAAAGAUUUGGAGAAGUUACAUGAUGCUGAGGAGGAUGCAUUGAAAUGUGCGGCCCUUAAGGCUGAAAUGGAUGAACUGAAGGAUUAUUGGAAGAAGGAAAAAUAUGUUAAGCCAAAAGAUAAGCCUCCACCACUGGCAUACACUGGAGGAGGAGGAGAACAACCAUUGGAUCCCAAGGAUAACAAUGACGGGUUAUGUAUUGGAGGAGUUAGACAUACUGGGCGUCGUACUCUGAUUCCCAGUCCAUCUUCGAGUAUUGCUGGAGAUGGCAAUAUUGCAGACAUUCCGCAUGCCUUUCCUGAAUCCGCUAGCACUAAUCUCACAGCUGAUUCAGUGCCUUUGCGUGAACUUGUUGAUGAUGCUGCUACAAUCUCUUUGGACCUUGAAAAGGAAGAAGAAGAACUUUACAAAGUUUAUGAUGAACAAAAAAAGAUAGCUGAUGAUAUGUCUAAAGCUGCAGAUCUUGCAAAAAUAGAACAAGAUGCUCUCUUGGCUAAAUUGCAAAAUACUAGACAAUUGCUUAUGGCAAAGAAGAGGCAAGAGGAAGAGAAGCGUGCUCAAGAAGAAGAUGAUAGUGAAGAUGAAGAAGAAAGCAUUGAAGCCGAUGCAUUGCCUAUUAAGGAAAAGCCGCCAGAUUCUUUGCAAUCUGCUAGUACUAGUAACGUAGAGACUGAAGCUGAAAAAUUGGAAUGGAGUGCCGCUAAAGAUGAGGAAGAUAAACUUAAAAGAGAGUUAGCUGAGAAGAAGAAGUUGGAUAAUUUGGCUAAGAAGGGCGCUGUUAAAAUCGCGCCAAAAAAGAAAAGCAAACCUGGUGCCAAGUCGGUUGAGGAUGAUGGCCAAGUUGUUAGAAGAGGUAGAAGUCAGACGCACAAAGAGGAUGAUAAGGGUUCAGCAAGCCCUUCAAGGAUCAUGCCGCAUGUUUUCUGCAAUGUACGUUUUGUUAGGUCGCUUAAAUUGGUUGAUUUUUGUGAAGAUGUUAUUACAAAUGAGGCUGAUGGAGAAAAAGGUAAUAUUUGGAUUUUAUGGAGGAAUACUCUAUUGAGGCCUGAUAUUUUAUCUACUUCAAAGCAAGCAAUUACUGUGAAUUUUGUGGGGGAUUUCAUUGCGACUGUUCAUGCUUCUUAUAAUCCGGUGGUAAGAAAGAGACUUUGGCGUAAAUUGGGUUUAGGUUUUAUAUCUAUUCCUUGGUUGGUGUUGGGAGAUUUUAAUUGCGUUUUACGCUUGGAGGAAAAGAAGGGUGCAAGGCCGAUCAAAGAGGUCUAUAUGAAUGAGUUUCGUAGCUGGAUUUUUGACAAUGAUUUGGUUGAGGCUGAUGCUAUUGGUAAAAAAUAUACUUGGUCUAAUUGUAGAAGUGGAGCUCAAAGAAUUAUCUUUAAACAUGAUAGAGCGGUUGUUAAUGAUGCUUGGUGCUAUAAGUAUGCGAACUGGAGAUGCAAGGCCUUGCCUAGGUUGGUUGAGGAGAACUGGAAUUUGGAUCUUAAUGGUGCUCCCCCUUUUAUUUUUACUUUUAAGCUGAAGAGAUUAAAGGAGGUGUUGAAUAUUUGGAACAAAACUACUUUUGGAGAUGUGCAAUUUCGCUUGAAGCAGGCUGAAUUGAAACUUGAAACUGAGAAUGAUCUUCUUGAUUAUGAUCCGGCUGAUGAGUUUCAAUUCCUAAAGGUUGCGGAUGCCAAAAAGGAUGUUGAUGAUGUGAGAAUGGAGUUGGAAAUUAUGCUUAAUAUGAAGUCGAGAGUAACUUGUUUGGAGGAUGGUGACCAAAAUACUUGUUUCUUUCAUAAUAGCAUCUGCAUGAGGAGAAGUCAAAAUACCAUCUCAGAGCUUAAGGUUUCUAACGAUACUACUUUGUUUUUGCAGGAUGAGAUAAAGGAUUUCAUUGUUAAUCAUUAUCAGGCCAAGUUCAAUGGUGGAGAUGUUCAUAUUGAUCCAGUUUUAUUUGAUAUUGAACACGGGAGCAUUUCAGUUGCUGAGAGUGUUUAUAUGGAUGCUAUUCCAUCUUUGGAGGAAGUUAGAGUGGCGGUUUUUGACUUGGGAGCUGAUUCUGCGCCUGCCCCAGAUGGCUUCACAUGCUCUUUCUAUAGACAGUGCCGGGACAUUAGUUCUAGAAAUCUCUUUAAUGCAAUUGCAAACUGUUGGCCUAUGCGUAAAAUUCCCAAUGGCAUUAACUCUAGUUUUAUUAUUAUGGCUACCAGGCUUGGUACUGUGCUAAAUAAGUUGAUCUCUAAAGAGCAAGUGGCGUUUAUGAAGGGUAGAAACAUACAUGAGAAUAUAGCUUUGGCGUCUGAAUUGAUCAAUGAGAUCAAUCCAGAAAGGAAGCAUGGAAAUGUUGGCCUCAAACUGGAUAUUGCUCAAGCUUUUGAUACGGUAAGUUGGGAUUUCAUAGCUGAAGUUUUUCGUCAAUAUGGCUUUUCUGAUUCUUGGUGCAUGUGGGUUCUUAAUAUCCUUAGCUCAGCUCGGAUUUCUGUCAUGAUUAAUGGCUGCCCUGAAGGUUAUUUCAGUAUUACUAGAGGUCUGCGUCAAGGUGAUCCUCUCUCACCUUUGAUCUUUGUUCUUAUUGAAGAUGUUUUAAGUCGCAAUCUUUCCAAGUUGUUUGCCAAUCAUAGUAUGAAUGUUAUGGUUAAUAAAAAAGGUGAGGCGCCUACACACUUGCUUUUUGCGGAUGAUAUCCUUAUAUUCUGCAGAGGUAAUCUUCAUAGUUUGCAAAAUUUGAAGAAUAUGUUUGUUUUCUAUGAACGUGCAUCUGGCCAGUGCGUAAACUAUGCAAAGAGCAAGUUUUAUUUUGGAGGUGAUAGAAUUUCUCGUGCUAUUGCUAUUUCUAACUAUUUUGGUAUGGAGAGAGCUAUGUUUCCGGCUAAAUACUUAGGUAUUCAAUUGAAGCCUGGUAUUGUUCGGCAUAUUCAUGUUCGCCAAGUGGUUGAGAAGAUUAUGGACAAGCUGACUGGCUGGAAAGUUGAGAGGGCCAUUAGAAAUUUUCUUUGGUCCGGUGAUGCUGAGAAACAUAAAUAUUUUACGGUUCUAUAUGAUGAUCUAUGUCUCUCAAAGCGUGAAGGUGGUCUUGGCAUUAAGAAGUUAAAUAAUGUUAAUAGGGCUAUGCUAAUGAAGCUUUGGAUUUCUAUUCGGGAUUCAAACAAGAUUUGGGCCAGAUUUUUGAGGGCCAAAUACUUUAAGAUCAAUGGAAAUCUGAUAAAUUAUAAGUUGGGUUCUUCGGUUUUUCCUGGAAUUCGCUUGGUUUACAAUUUUGUGCAUAAGCAUACACGCUCAAUUAUAGGUAAUGGUGUUAAUACUUCCCUAUUUUUUGAUAAUUGGUGUGGUGAUUUUUCUAUUGCGCAAAGACUUGGCAUCACUUCCAAAGUCCCUAAUGAUUUUAAGGCUAAAGUAAGUGAUAUCAUUUUUGAUGGUGUUUGGGUUAUUCCUGAAAAACAAGAGAUUGGAUGA